AUGCGGCAAACCGAGGCUCCUAUCUCGGCUCGCUCGCGCCUCUCGGUUGACGAUACCCUUCGUCCGCCUCAUACGGUGGCAUUAACCAUGGCCUGUAAUGACGACGGUUUGUACUUUCCGACCGAGGGCAUAGUUUCCAAGAAUGGACGCAAGCACUAUCGCGUUCCCGUUCGAUCCCAGCACUGGCAACUUCGAUCCUUGAUUAGUGCAGAGAAGCGUCAUAUCGUAUAUUUCCCCGGUGGAAGCGGCAGCAACCAUGUCCAGCGGCUCAACACUUUGACAAACGAAUGCGAGACGAUUAAGCUCCUCACCUUUGCCCCGCGAUGCUUAGUCGCCGAUAACGGCUGGCUAUGCUGUGGGAGCGAAACAGGCGAUUUUGUCGCCAUCAGGUUGGAAGAAGCCCUCGAAAGUAAUCGGCAGCCGCUGCUUGGGUUGCACCUCGAUGCCGAUACCAGGCAAGAGUUAAGCCUCGAGGGAGCCAAUCGCGAGGAUCCUGUUCUUGCCCUUUUCGCCCACGCGCGGCGGUCGAACAAGAGCUUAAUCGCAAAGAGUAUGAAGCUGGCCAAGGACCGAGUCAACUGCGUCACGCUUUGGUUCCCUCCUACCUCACCGGCUCCCUUUACAGGAUCUUAUGCGGAACCGGUCGCUGUUUUAGCCAACAACGACAAGACAGUUAUCCUCGUGAGCUUGAAAGAAUUUGAUCAAAAUGACAAGAUUGACCCCCUCGAGGUUGUCGAGUACCCCGAUUUCGUCAAUCGAGCCAUCAUAUCCCCAGAUGGUCGGAUCCUCAUAGGCAUUCUUGACGAUCCCUAUCUGUAUAUCCACGAACGUGUCGAGACCGAUCCAGGCACGGUCGCAUCUCGUCACGAAGCCAGGUAUCGAUGGGAGCUCAAGCAGAGAGUCUUGCUCAAGAGCCAAAGGAAGGAUGACCGCUCCGACAGUCGCGGGAGCUUCGCCGCGUGCUUCUCCCCGUCCGGCGCCUACCUGGCGGUAGGAACCCAGCAUGGCACAAUUUCCAUUUUUGACACGACAGUGCUUCUCGAUCCUUGUGCCGAGCCACUCAUUACCACUUUGAAGUCGUCUCGCCCGGAGAGUGGUCCAGGAGCCAUUAGAGACAUGGCUUUCUGCCCGGGGCCUUUUGACAUUCUUGCAUGGACUGAAGACAGGAGCCAUAUCGGGUUCGCUGACAUGAGAAGCAACUUUGUCAUUCGUCAGAUUGUCGACAUCAACGUUGAAGCCGACUUUGAGCAUGUCGACAUUUUGGAUCGGAACACGGUCGAUCCGCGACUGCUAGACAAUAAUGCUGAGCGACGGUCGACCCGAUCGCCGCCCUCUGGCGCUCCUCGCGCACGCCGACAAGCCGAGAUCCUCGGACACUUGAACCAGCCUCUUACAGCCAACGAAACUAUUGUUCUGGAGGCUAUUCAAAGCGAUCGACGAAGACGCGAGCUGGCCAUUCAAAUAGACGCCGAGGGACGAUUGCGCGGUGGGCCAUCCGACUUGACCAGGACCUAUCUUUCCAGUCUCCGGCCUUCUGUCAACGAUGGUGAAGCGUCAAGGCCGCGCCAACGCAGCGGCAGCGGCAGCGGCAGCGGCAGCGCCAACCUUGCAACGGGCGAGGCCAUGCCCUCGUAUGGGGAGCAGCGAGAUGCUCAGCAAGAGAGAGCUCGCAAUGCUCGGCAGCUUGUCCGCGAAGGGAGCAACAGCCAAGCGACUCGGAUAUCGAGACGCCCGGAACAGCGAUGGAUGUUUGAAAGAAUUAGCGAGGCCGUUGCUGCCAUGCGAGACCAGAGAGACCGGCAAGACUCGUCGUACCUCAACGUGCUUGAAAUCUUGCAAGGCAGAGAGCGGCCCUCAAACGACAACGAUGGCGAAGACCCGCUGCUCCUGACGCCCUUGGUCAACCAGGUUGUGAACCGCUGGGAAGAGAGCGCUAUUCGCGGAACUCUUGCUCCAGAUCAUGGCGUGUUUGAAGUUCCCCCAUCCCCUGACAAUACCGCGGGUCUGGCCUGGACCGAAGACGGUCGUACUCUAUUCAUUGGUGCACAAAAUGGCAUCUAUGAACUACGGAUCAACGUCCAGGGCAGGAAAUUCUGUCCCAGCAUAACGAUGAGCUGA